ACCUGCCCGCUCACCGCCACUAGUGUCGAUUUUUUAAGGUGCCCUGGGCAAGAUGGGAAAUGAACUCAAGAUGUGCCGUCUCCGUGUCGUGCCCCACCCUGGUAUCCCAUUCUUUUGCCUGCAGAGUCAGCUAUGACCAUUACCAGUCUGCACCACUACUCACCACCCCAGCCACGCCUGUGCUGGGGAAGGCCCUCAUCGGCCACAGAGUGGCCGCCAAAGGUGACUUUGGCCACCCUAUCCCAGGAAGGUGAUGCCCUGGGUGCCAUGGAGAAACUGUGCCGACAGCUGACCUACCACCUCAGCCCUCAUUCACAGUGGAGGAGGCAUCGAGGGCUAGUGAAGAGGAAGCCGCAGGCCUGUCUCAAGGCCCUCCUAGCUGGGAAUCCCCCGGACAACAUGGUGGAUCUGUCAGGCAUCCCACUGACCUCCCGUGACCUGGAGCGGGUGACCAGCUAUCUUCAGCGCUGUGGAGAGCAAGUGGACAGUGUGGAGCUGGGCUUCACGGGCCUCACGGACGACAUGGUCCUGCAGCUCCUGCCGGCGCUCAGCACCCUGCCUCGCCUCACCACACUAGCCCUCAAUGGCAACCGACUGACCAGAGCUCUGCUGAGGGACCUCACCGACACCCUCAAGGACCCCAGCAAGUUCCCCAAUGUCACAUGGAUUGACCUGGGCAACAAUGUGGACAUUUUCUCCUUACCCCAGCCCUUCCUGCUCAGCCUGCGCAAGCGCUCUCCAAAGCAGGGGCACCUACCAACCAUCCUGGAGCUGGGGGAGGGGCCAGGUACUGGGGAAGAGGCCAGGGAAGGUACAAGUCAGCAGGACCCUGGAGGAAGCCCUGUGACACUUACAGGAGACCAGGAGACUGGGACUCAGACAUGACCAGGAAGCAGGGAGACCUUGUCAGGAUGGCUAAGGUGGCUUUGGGGCUCCUCCCAUCAGGAGGAUGUCUGAACACCCCACCUACCACCCAGACACCAGGCUAUCAGAGCACUAACUGUUGUCCCCAGCUCCCAGUCCCCGCCGCUGAGAAGUCAUCCCUUGCUCUGGAGGCUCUGGGAUGUCUCCACUCAGCCUGCUCUCCCAGACUUGUGGAGCUGGACCAAACCAAGCAGUUGAGCCUCCUUACAGUUAAGGGAAAGGGGCAUCUACUAAGAGGGCUUCCCGAUUCCCAGGGGCCUCCUGGAGGUGGUUUGGGUCCUGAGCACUAAGAAUAGGAAAUCCAGUUCAAGCUGCAGACCUCCCUUCCUUGACUGGAGGAUUUUACUGUGAAAGGCAGCACAUGCCUAGUGCCCUCACCCCUCAACCAGCACAUUUUUUUUCCUACCAGCUGGGUUUCAGACCCUAUUCCCAGAAUCUAGUCCUUGGAAAUGGCUCUUCAAGCACUUAUCCUAAGGCUCCAGGACUAGUUACUUCAGCCCUAGUUAUAAGGAAAAUUGGGGCUUCUACACCUAUUUUCCCAUAAUGCCCCCGACCCCCACAAUGAGCAGCUCCUACACUCCAAGCCCAAGGAAACUGGGAACUGUUCUGAACUAGGUGACUCAAGAUCCAAGGGAAGCAAAGCCUUACAGGCCCGGCAAGCAAACUGGCUCAUAGGAUCUGGGCAAGAUAGGGGCCUUACAUGGUACUGCAUCACUACAGCCAAGAGACAGGACAAGUGUGGAUGCCUUAAAUGCUUUGGAAUCUUUGCCCAAGUCUUAGGUUGUGAAAACAGCUUAGACUGACCAGAAGUUUACAGUGCUGGGCUGCUCAACACCUGACAAUUUACUCUUCAAAUACACGAUUUUGAGGACCAGUA